CUGUAGUUUUGCUUGUUAUUCAGCAUGUACAUUAUCAUUUCGGUUUGUGCCAACGAAAUUUGUAGCGUUGGCAACACAUUUGUAUAUUAUUUGCAAGUGUAUUCGUUAGCAGAAAGCAAACACAGGGAUUUUUAAAGUCGUUUUUUCAUUGAUAGUCGGGUGCGUUUUCGGUUUUCUCUGUUGGCUUUUGCUCCGUUAUUGCUUUUAUAAAAAUAUUGGAAUGCUUGCAAUAUAGUUCAAAAUUCGCUUAAUAAAUUAAAUAUAUAUUGACAGUUUCAAAAUUGAAGUAUCUUCGCUGUUCAAGCACAUUUGCGUUUAGUGCUCCAAAUUCCAUACAGAAACUACAAGGGUGGUGCUGUUUGUUUGUGAAGUUCAGUUGGUGUGAGGCGGUCGUGGAAAGGUGUUAAUACAUCCAUCCAUCUAGUUCGUUGAGCUCCAAAGUGGUCGCGAGGUUUGUUGCAAAAGUGCGAAAUGUCAAAUCAAAGUGAAAAGAAGGUUGCCGUGGCGCCUACAGCAGCAGCUCCCAUUCCCAAUGGUUUGAAAUUUAUGUUUGGUGGCUUAGCUGGCAUGGGCGCCACUUGCAUUGUGCAACCACUGGAUUUGGUUAAGACAAGAAUGCAAAUUUCUGGUGCUGGUGGCGGCAAAAAGGAAUAUCGCAGCUCAUGGCACUGUAUACAAACGGUGAUAAAACAGGAGGGUCCAUUCGGUUUGUAUCAAGGUAUCGGUGCAGCUUUGCUACGUCAAGCCACCUAUACGACAGGUCGACUUGGUGUCUACACUUAUUUAGUGGAUGCAUUCCAAGUGCAAUUUAAACGUACACCCGGUGUAUUGGACAGCAUGGCAAUGGGUGUAGUAGCCGGUGCAUGUGGUGCAUUUAUUGGCACACCGGCUGAGGUAGCGCUUAUUCGUAUGGCCAGUGAUGGUCGUCUACCGCCAGCUGAACGACGCAACUAUACCAAUGUUGUAAAUGCAUUGACACGCAUAGUACGCGAAGAAGGCGUUACUGCGCUGUGGCGUGGUAGUAUACCUACCGUGGGACGUGCCAUGGUGGUGAACAUGACUCAAUUGGCUUCCUAUUCACAAUUUAAGACCUACUUCAAGAAUGGCCCACUUAAGAUGGAAGAGGGCAUCGGUCUGCAUUUAGUUUCAAGUAUGUUGAGUGGCUUCCUUACAACCAUCACCUCCAUGCCGCUGGAUAUUGCCAAGACACGCAUACAAAACAUGAAAACCGCUCCAGGUGCCAAGCCGGAAUAUCGCGGCACCGUCGAUGUUCUUCUCAAGGUGGCACGUCACGAAGGUGUAUUUGCUCUCUGGAAGGGCUUCACACCAUAUUUCUGUCGUCUCGGACCACAUACUGUCUUGACUUUCAUCUUCUUAGAGCAAAUGAACAAAUUAUAUCGAGAUUAUGUUAACCGCAGCAGUGGCGAAAAAUCAACCGGAUUGUGAUGUAACCAUGUCGACAGCUAGUAGUGCGUGUGCGCUUAUUGUUGCUUUUGUUCUGCUUGUUUUGACGCAUAAAGUACGGUUGCCUAUAUUCCAGUAGCCAAGUGCAAAUACUUAUAACUACAAAUUGUCUUCGAACAUUAGAUAACUAGAACUAUUUUUAGUUUUGAAAGCAAUUGUAAAUCUGCUCUUCAAUUAUAUAUGAGCAAAGGUCUUAGUAAAAUUAUGUUCAUAAGCGUCGCAAUGUCAAAUCACAGUAUGCUUUAGUGUACAUAAAUUUAAGUGCAUAUUGUUUGUAGUUGUCAAUGUACACAUAAUUAGCACAAAAAUGAAAAAACAAAAAUUAAUAAGCAUAAGUAUAAAAAAUAGUAAAUUUUUUUUUUAUUGUUGUUUUUGUCACAAUACAGCUAACAGUUGUUAAAAAUAUUGAUUAAUGCAUAAAUUACAUAAAUCUUAAGUGAUUUUAUUUUGUAUUAAUUUUUACAUUAGUGGCAAGUAAAAAACGAAUAACUUGUUAAUAAAAACCAUUUUUUUUAUGUGCAAUUAUAAAAUUUAAAAUAUAUUUUGAUUUGCAACAAUUGUAUACAAAUAUGUAAGCUGGAACGAAAGAAAACUGAAAUCGACAAUAAAUUAUAAAUUGAUAGAA